AUGGAUGACUCCGCAGACACGAAACAGUCCAAAGAAAUGGACGAUAUUGCUGAAACAGCCACCGAUGAAACUGCAAACCACAAAGAUGAAAAGUAUGAAGAGGGCGAACAUUUCCCACCGACGUGUCGCAAAAGUGUGGAUGAAAAUGCGAAUACCGCACCUACAAACAUAACGACCACUUGUUUUGGCAAGACAAGGCUGAAACCGCUGCUUAAAAAGUUCGUGCUGCGCGCGAUGAUGAUCCUUCACAGCGUGCUGUCAGCAUGGCGCGUCGUGAUAUCGCGCGGGGACCACAGGUUUUGGGCGCUCGUCGCUGGCAACGUGAUCUGGGCUGUCGAAAUAUUUUUCUCCAUAAAGAAAUGGAACGUUAGAAAGCAGAGCAGAUGGCGCCCCAGUUUUGUUGUGUACCUUCUGCUACUACUCCCUGCUAUCUGGCUGCUGCAACUGCACCAGUAUGACGUCGCGCGGUCUGAGCAGCCGACUCAGAACACUACCGGCUCCGAAGGCAGCACCCUGGACAACUUGUUGAAUAUCGAGGGGACCACGUGGAUAGUCGUCAUACAGGAGACGCUCAUCUACGUGCUGCUGGUCGGCCGCUGGCUCAACGACGACGUGGCCGGCAAGAAUCUGUCGCAGCAACUCAUGAACUUCCUGGCAAGCGCCUCCGACAUCAUGGAGCUGUACGCGCUAUUCGACCUGCCCGUCGUGCAGACGCACUUUCCCAGCACUAUUGCUGUGCUGGCCAUCUGGUCGAGCAGUUUUAUCCAGUUUAUUCCGGUUCUUACCAAAACCAAAAACCGUUCGAAUGCGGUGGCCGACUCGUCUCCACCGUCCAUCGAAGCGGGAGAAAACCGGAAAUCAGCACCGAGUUCGCAGAUUUUCGAUAUAGCGGAAGUUGUCUUGGCCUUCCUCUUUCAAGACGGCCCGUUCCUGGCAAUACGUCUGUUCAUCAUAAUUAACUUCAAAACAAUCACGCAUAGCUUGUUUUUCUUCGUGAUCAAAAACUUCAUCACAAUUAUGCUGCUCAUAUACCGCCUCGCUGUGUUAUUAAAGGCUAAGCCCGGAAAGAAACAACAGUAAUAUAAUCUGAGUUAACAAUCGAGCCUCGUUCUAAGAAAACCGAGCUUAAUGCUUGUGAUUGUAUUGUACUAUAUUAGCCUGUGCAGUCCGCACAUGCUUAUCAGGGACAACACUUUCCGCCUAAACUUGAUUUUCGAUUAGAAAAUACUAUAUUUCAACAAAAAUUCCAUAAAAGCGAAAAGUGUCGUACCUGAUUAACAUGUGCAGACAUGCAUAAAGCCCACUCUGGAUCAGCAGACGAUUUAUUGCUUUAAUCCUAUCUUCCGGAGGAUUCCAGAGAUAGUCGAUGUAUCCCGAUUGUCAUAAAGCCCUGUUUUCCUAGAACGAGGCUCUGUUAUAUAGCAGGGAUGUGAUCGACCCAUCUCAAGCCCGGAAGGACUGAUUGGCGUUCCAAAAACUACUACUACUACUACUACUACUACUACUACUACUACUACUACUACUACUACUACUACUACUACUACUACUACUACUACUACUACUACUACUACUACUACUACUACUACUACUACUACUACUACUACUACUACUACUAC